AUGUCUGGCUUCGAAAUUCUCGGGUUGGCGUGUGCCAUAUUUCAGACAAUUAGCUUCGCUCAUGAAACUCUCAAUGUCUGCAUUGCUCUAUAUGAUAGGCAGAAGACGCCCGAUGAUGAGGUUGAGGACAUAGCCAAUUCAAUGGUCGUGGCCGCCGAAAAAGUGACCAGCAUAUGCGACGAGAACCAACAACUAAAGAAAGAAAUUUCCCAGAUUGCCGCAGAUUGCAAGAAUGAUGCCUUGGGUGAAGAAAUAGCGCGGAUCGCUAAGGAAUGCAUAAAAAUCGCGUCUCAACUCAAGUCAGAGGUCGGAAAGAUCACAAGCCUAGCCGCGAAGGGCGACUUCUUGAUUACCAUGAAAGCUGCAUCCAUGUCCUUAUGGAAAAAGCCCAAGCUAAAAAAGCUCAACGAAAAUUUAUGCUCCUACAGAGAGCAGAUGCAGACGCUGCUCAUCACCCAAAUUUGGGCCAUAGCCAAAUCGAACAACUUGACACAGAACUCAAAUUUUCAUAAUCGCGACGGCGAUGUUCAAGACUUUAUUGCCAACCUUGAAGCAGGAUGUACAAAAAUCGAAGAUCUCCUGAAGCGACAAGCCGCCUCGGCCCAGGCUCAUAUCACUGACGAGGUUGGGAUAGCCAAACAAGAAAUAAAAGAUCAUAGUGAAAGCUUAUUGAAAGCCCAUGAAAAAGAUGCAACAACAAAAGCGCAACAUGAGCGUCUUCAGAAGAGUCUCGAAUAUCCAGACAUGAAUUCUCGCCGCAAUGCUAUUUUAGAGCCUCGAGACGCCACCUUCGGACGAAUAUUUCGCUCAUAUACCAACACUAUCAACAGUAGCAAUUCUCCAAAUACUAAAGCGAUCGACAAAGUUUGGCAAAGCUUUGUGGACUGGCUACGGUCACAUGAGCCUGUGUUCUGGAUUCAAGGCAAACCAGGUGCUGGAAAAAGCACGCUAAUGAAAUACAUAGUCAACCAUGAAGAGACUCAAAAGCUUUUGGGCCAAUGGUGUCCACAAAGUCGGAUUCUAUCACACUACUUCUGGAAAAUUGGUUCAACAAUGGAGAACAACCUCCAAGGCUUAUAUUGCUCCUUGAUUCACCAAUUGAUCGACGAAAAUGAGGCCAUUUUCACACGAAUUCUUCAUGAGUUUCCCUUCGUGAAGAAAAAGACGUACGUCAACGAUUGGUCAACUCCUGAACUUGAUAGUGUUCUGGACUACAUCUUGGACUCAGCGGUGGAUCGAAACCCUGUGUGCAUUUUCAUUGACGGCUUAGACGAGUACCGUGGUGGACAAAAGGACCUCAUUGGGAGAAUGAAAGGGUUUUCUCAGCAUGAGCAGGUAAAGCUAUGCGUUUCAAGCCGCCCAGAGGAGCGGUUACUAGAAGGCUUCGACACUACACCCAACCUCAAACUUCAAGAUCUAACGAAGCCCGACAUGAUUUCGAGCAUAGAAGAAAGACUUGGUGUUUUUGAACGACGUGGGCAAAUCUCAUCCGAAACGCUGGAUACAAUUGCAAAGUUACUUAUUGUGAAAGCCGAGGGGGUCUUCCUUUGGUUGCAGCUGACGCUACAGAGUAUUGAGAAUGGUAUCGAAAAUGAAGACUCUAAUGAGUUUCUGAUUAUGCGGCUAAAAGAUCUUCCCAGCGAUAUAAUGGACCUGUACGCUGACAUGUGGACGAGGCUAAAUCAAGAUCUAAAGGUCUACCGAGAAUCUGCAGCUUUAUUCUUUCAAUUCUUGAUCCAAUCUCAAGAACACAAACAACGUAAGAAUGGAAUUCACCUCCCCUCCCACUUGCCACCUCACGUUACAUCAUUGUUCGACAUUGCGUGCUGGAAAGAUCAAGAUCUCCAGACAAGACUUUUGAACAUUAGGUGUGAGACGCGCUCUGAAGAGAUUGUGUACGUGUGUGGGAGGACUGAAAAAGAGAUUCGCACCCGUUGCGCAGGCCUUCUGGAAGUCAAACCUCUCGAUUGGAGCCCCGAAUCCGAUUUCAAUAACAUAUUAAGACGGGUGGACUUUGUGCAUCGCACUGCACAUGAUUUUCUGGCCGACACAGCAGCUGGCCAGCAGAUUCUUAGUUGGGGGAAGCUGUCGAUGUCGGAAACCGUCAUCCAAAUGACGAAAGGCGCGUUUUGCAAGUCGCGAAUCAAGGCGAGAUUUGCAACCACAGAAUACCUCCCGGAUCCAAUGUCGGCACUAGAAGACUUACUUGUAAUACAAGCUGAUGAAAAGGACUGGGUAACCGGAGCUGGCGAGUGGUUUGUCAUGGCGGAAAGUUUCUAUGACGCGGGACUGCUGGAAGAGCGUAUUCUGCCUCGGCCCUCCUUCUUAGGCCACAUCGCGUUUUAUCCAGGUCUUUGUGAGGCGGCAACACCAUUGUUUCAGAAAGCAGAGGCCUCUGUAGCCACCGAGGUGCUGCGAUUGUGGCAGUGGUGGUAUUUCUUCAGCUCGCAUAGGUCACAUAUGCAGAAAGCAAUCAGGUUAAUGAAGGCGGUGCCUCAGCUGAUGUCCUGCGGCCCCGAUUUGGAAGCUACUCAAGCAUACGUGCCGGUGCUACCAUGGAGCCCAGAUGGGCCAACAAUGGCCAACCGCACAACGGCACUGUGGGAAUUCGGUCAAAAAUCACUGAUGUGGGGGUUGGAUUGGAGGACGGAGCGCACAGCGCGUAAUGAGCAUUUUGAGCCGAUGUUUGCACAGACACUCGUCGCCCUCAUGAGCCGCCCAACGACCCUAUACCAGGUGGGGCUGGUGACAACAGUCGAGAUCUAUCCAGGAGGGAGAUUACAUUGUGUCCGCUCGAUUGACCAAUUAGCAGACAUGCGGGACGCUGCAAUCGUAAGCCCGCUCUUCAUGUUGAACACGUCCUUUCUGAUAAAGCACGCUUUGGACGGACUUUUAACACACUGCCCGGACAAGAUGACGGCGCAGUUACACAAGAUUCGCGGUCAAAUUACCAAUUCUGUCCCGCGCAUUGCCUUCAUUCACAUCACUAGCCCGGAGAAAGCUCGUUGGUAUCGGGUCAUUGACCACACGCCCUUUCAGGACAUCACCCACGUGAUAUUCGACCCUACCAUCCCUCUUGACAAGCCGGAUGCGAAGCUUGAACAAUCUUACCGAUGA